AUGUCGCUGUUGAGGAAAAAAAGCCAAACACCAAACAUAAUCAACGAGGUGGGAGGUGGCAGUGAUUUAAUGCGACAUAGCUGCCAGUUUACCUUGGGCAACGACCUAGGAAAAUAUGACAGUAAUAAAAGACUAGAGAGCAAAUGGCCCUCUUGGUUUGUAUUGUCCCUUGCUAGUGGAGUAACAGCACUGACCAUGUUCCAGGGGGGCCAGUUCUGCAGCCCGCAGCUCGGUGCCCAGGACGCGGCGUGGCAGGGAGACCAGCUCUCCUCCCAGCUCUACAGAAACAAGCAGCUUCAAGAUACUUUGCUUCAGAAGGAAGAGGAACUUGCUAGGUUACACGAAGAAAAUAAUAACCUCCGACAAUACCUGAAUUCUGCCCUGAUUAAGUGUUUAGAAGAAAAAGCCAAGAAACUGCUAUCCUACCACAGCCAAAGAAACUGUGCUACUCUCAAAAGCACCAAGAGAAGGUUAAAAGAGGACCACUGUUUUGUUCCUCAAGAAACUCUCCAUGCUUCCAAAGCUAGAAGGAACCUCUUUAAUGAAUUCACUGCCUGUGAAGAGCAACCCAGCCCUGCUGUGGACAGCUGGGUCUUGCAGACUUUAGGAUUAAAAGAUGUCAACACCAUAGAUGAAGCUUCAGCUAACUACAGUGCCCUGUCCUCAGACCUUGGAAAAGACAUGUACUACUUGAGCCCUGGAGAAGCAAUAGACUAUGGCCAGAGGGAAGGAGCAGCAGCACCAUGUCACUGCAGCCACCUGCCUCCAGCUAACAGCAGUACCCAUCCACACAGUGAGGACUCUCCCUUCCUUCCUCAGUUUUCCUCAGCACCAUGUGUCUCUUCAUCAAUGCCAAGUGACCCCUCCCUCCCAGCCUAUGGGUUGCCUUAUUUGACUAGUGAUUUUUCACCCAACAAAACAGAAGUGGCCUUCACAACAUCUCUAAGUCCUCACCGCAACCUGAGGACACACACCUUCCGUCAGGGACAAGCCUUUGUGCGCAGGGAUGAGGAUGGAGGAUGGAGAUUCACUUGGGUGCCCAAGCAGGCUGAAUAA